UUCAAACGCGCCCGGGCCACGAGCUGCGUUGGUCGGGUUUCGGAAAAUUUCCACCGUGAAGGUGAAGCAGAGUGAGUGAUGAUGGAGACAAGGUAGAUCCUCCCCAACUGCAAAUAGUUUCCACGAAUGGUAGAUCACGGUGGAAAAUCUUUCUCCCGGGGUAUGACACCCAACUGAAUUUCCGAACAACUGUCGUUAUUUUGGUCACCCGAACAUUUCUUAACAGCGCGGAUCUCCAUGGGUGUGCCCGGGUGAAGCUUUCGAACGCAGCCUCACGUGAUUGAUGCGCAGGUCACCUGAAACGGACUACCGACCGUCAAUGAUGUCAUUCACGUUGGACGACCGUCGAGCGUAAAAUGUCAAAGGGUUCAUUGGAAUACACGGUAUUCUACGAGUAUUGGAUAUUUCGUCCCGUACUCUGCAAUUGUGCGCAAACCCGGACGGUGCGAUUGACCGCCUAACCGACGAUGAACGAAAACGAUAAGCUGUUCGUGCGGCGAAGUAAAAAUUCCGAAGGCAGAAUCAACAUCGACGAACCGCUCUGGAGCCAAGACACGUAUCUCGGCAGAUGCAUGCAUUACACAUUUAUCACGGAUUGUCGUACGUUGCUCGUGUCGGAGAGGAAAUUACGGGAAGCGAAGGAGCUCUGCGAGGAUUACAGAGUUGGGAAGGAGCCUACGGGUUUGCAACGCAAGGACAUAAUCUAUGCGAAAAAACUCAGGGACAGCGCCUUCCAUCCUGAUACUGGUGAGCUUAUGCAUUUGCUCGGUAGAAUGUCCUCCCAACUACCCAGUUCCAUUGUCCUUACCACUGCCAUGCUCACUUUUUAUAAGUCAGCUUAUGGGGUGGUAGCAUGCCAACUGGUUAAUCAAGGCAUUAAUGCGAUCGUCAAUUACACUAAUCGAAAUGCCAUGAGUGAUGAUCCUGAAGAUGUUAGUAUGGUCUAUCAAGCUUUUGCGUUAGCUACUACGGCAAGUUGUGCUGCAGCAUUAGGCUUCAGAAGGAUUAUCUCCAGCAGAGGAGCUCUCUUUGCACGUUUCGUUCCAUUCUGCGCGGUUGCGGCGGGCAAUGUAGUGAAUCUCCCCAUCAUGAGGCAACGGGAGAUCACACGAGGUAUUCCAAUCUUCACUAAGGACAGGGAGGAGUGCAUUAUGAUGUCGAGAAUAGCCGCCAUCAAAGGUAUCUCCGAGUGCAUCGUCACUAGGAUAUUAAUGGCGGCGCCAGGAAUGUUGUUAGUCCCUGUGGUGACUCAACGCCUACGAUCGUAUUGUUUCUACCAGCUUCGGCCGUGGAUCGUCAUGCCCAUCGAGAUCAGCCUGAGCACAAUUUGUUUGCUGAUCAUGAUUCCCUCGGCACUCGCUAUUUAUCCGCAAAAGAAUUCAAUGAAGCCGGGACUGAUGAAGAUAUGCCUAAGCGAAUACGAGGAGUUUCAGAAAGCGAUUGGCGAGCGCACGUACCCGGACAGAGUUUACUACAACAAAGGAUUGUAGUUGGUGUGGAUAAAGAGAUAUUUACAAUCCGUUAGUCGUUCGACUUUCCAUUCGGUUUAUGAAAUUCUCGGAUACACGAAAUUGUACAAGUUACAAAGAUGGUUAAGGCCAUGAUGUGAACAAUUUCUGUUUCAUGAAAUAUCUUGCAACUUGUUUAUUGGUAUAUUAAUUACGUAUACUAAUAUAUUUCUUAUUAAUUACA